ACGACGUGUUGACGCAGCUUUGGCUGUGCUUCCCUGACAGUAGCUAAUAUUCUUGUAAUUAUUUUUUCAAGACUUUAUUUUAUCGCAGUGCGAAUGACAGUCCGUGAGGGACAGAGACACCUUUCAUGUAGUGUAAACCGUCGAGGAAUCGAUUCCAUGGAAGUCGUGGACAGCCCGCUCAAUCUCGCUCAUCAGCAGUGCAGGAAGGCAGACCGUUUGCUAGUGGCUGGAAAGUAUGAAGAAGCCAUUUCCUGCCAUGGAAAAGCAGCAGAUCUUUUGACAGAUGCAAUGAAGACAACAGAGUGUGAGCAGGCUCGCCUGUCCAUGGAGCUGCAGAGGGACAGUCAUAUCAAACAGCAGCGACUGAUCCAGGAGCGCUGGAAAAGAGAGGCUCGUCGUGAGGCAACAAAGGCCCGACCUGGCCAGGUGCAGCCCUCCAGUGGUACAGGCCUCCUCACCCAGACCCAGUCCACAGGCCAGCUUCAGCCCCAUGGUUCACCAGGCCUCUCAGCUGCAGAGGGUAUAGGAACCAGGGAGAGAGAGUACGACACCUUGCUCUACCAGCUUCAGACUCGGCAGACUGGAGGCUGCCAGCCUUUGACGCCACCGUGCCCUGGAUCUAAGACCACCAAAGACGACAAAACUCGCCUGGAAGAACAACAGACCACCAUCGAUGACCUGCGGCGCCUGGUCGACCACCUGAUGGAUGAAAACCAGCGGCUAACGGCUGAGAACGAACGGCUACAAUCAGAAAAUGCCCGGCUGCGCUCUGAGGCGGCUGAGGCGGCAGACUUCGUGGAACGUUCGGAGCUCUGGGUGCUCCCACAAGCAGGUGGCGCAAUGGGAACAGGGGGUGGGCAGGAGAGGAAAAGCACAGGAAAGGGGAAGGAGAUCGCAAUCCCUCAGCUGCCGCCGCUGGAGAUGCCAGCUCAGGAGGAUCUGUGUCUGGAUGACCUGCCUCCUCUGGAGUUGCCAGAGGACAUCCAGAAUGAACUACAGGAGCUACUGGACAGGGAUAAACUGUGAUAAGAGACAUGUCUCACACAUGCGUGUGCACACACACACACACACACACACACACACACACACACACACACACACACAAGCACAAGGGUUCAACCAAUAUGGCUUUUGGAUGCCAAAAUGUUUGACAUCUUAAACCCACAGGCUCUGUGUGAUCAGACCUCUGCUCAAGUUAAAGGUGGACAGAGAUAUCAUUGAAAUUCCAGGAGCCCCACAAACUCUCUGCACUCAACAGAUGAUAAAUGAUAAUCAGGCAGAUGAAGUGAUACCCUUACCACUAAUACAAUGCAAUCAAAGUCAGAAAUAAAGGAAUAGUUCACCCACAAUGUCAGUUGGAACAUUGGUGAGAUUGUGUGUCACACUGAAGUAUGAGAAGAUGGAUGUUAAGUUGUUAUUUCUGUUCUGUUUUGUUUGAUGAGACACAACAUAUUUUAUUGUGUCUAGAUAUAGCCAUUAAAUAACUCUGAACAACUUAACCUGGGCUCAGACUGCAGGAGUUUGUGCGCAAUGCACCCUGAUUUCAAAAUCGUUUAGGAUUUUAAAACUCAUGUAGUUUGACAGUGGUUUUAGGCCCCGAUCACACUGAAAUCAUUUUAGCAGCUGGAGGUGGUUUUAUGUAAGUGUUUUUAAUGAGAAAGAAGCUUUUUGCUAGCUGUAUUUUGCAUUGCUACACAGCUCGCAUUUCUGCGCUCUAGGCGCCUGGUGUUUUUGCCUGAGCACUCUGACCUCCUGGAGUUGAAAAAAUUUCAACUUAGAGCAAAAAAGCGCCCCAUUUCAAUCUUUGCAUUGUCCAGUAGGAUGACUGGAGAGGCGGGCCUUCUGUGGUGGUCAUGACAACAAGUUUACAGUUGGUUAACAGUGGAGGAGAAACUGGUGGUAGUGGUUGCUGGAUACCGAGAGCUAUACGACUUUACAAACCAGUUACCACCAUCUCAAUAGGAAACAGCAGGCGUGGAAGCAUAUAAAAGUGCAGUACUGAAAUAGCCAUCAUGGAGGUGAAACUCCUUGACCAACUGGUGGUGCUCAGUCAUUCUGCAGGAUCACCGAACUCCCUGUAGUUAGUAUUCAUUUUUGUUAUGCUAGGCCUGACGAUAGCAGGUUGUCAACCCACCCCCAAGUCAUCCUAAGACAUGCCUGGAAAUAGCCAUCAUCAAGGUGUAACUCUUGGACCAACUAGUUGUACUCCCCAUGAUCCACCGUCUUUUUUAGGGUCUCAUGUAUCCACACAGACCUCUGUUUACCUGUGCCUAACAAACUAUUUGCUGACAGUCUCUUACCCUCAACCAGAGCCAGAGCAAGUACCCUCUGCCUGUCCAUUUUGGGAACUUGAUACUAAUUCCUGUGAAAUAAAUAAAAAUAAUAAUAAAAAUAAAUGGCAAAUUGAUUACACAGGAAGGUUAUGGUAAGGUGGUGAUGGGGUGGUUGCCUGGCAACAAUAAAGAGGCGCAGCAGGGUUUUUUCUACUAGUGGCAUUCAAUUUACACAAAAAAGGCAACCUGUAAAACACUUUGUGUGUGACUGGGGCCCUAGGCAGCAUCAUUUCAGUGAUCUGAAGCUAAAUUAGAGGGCUUUUUUAUUUAUAUUAUAUAUUGGUAAGUCGUAUUUUUUCUGUCUGCAAAUCUCAGCACAGUAGCCAACAUCCCUUUAAAAGCUGCUGGGAAUAUUGUAUUAAGCAUAAAGUGUGUGUGUGCGUGUGUGCUUGGGUGCGUGCGUGUGUGUGUGUGUGCGUGCGUGUCUGUGUGUAUGAUAGAUCUGAGUGGUAAAAACAGUGGAGGAAGACAAGCACAUGUAGGCCAAUGACUGAUUAAUGUAUUAUGAUAAUAAGUUGACUAUUUAAUUCAGUAAACAUUAAAUAAACAACAAUAUUACAUUGUUUUAUGAGUUCAUUGGUUAUAAUUUGUAAUUUGGUGUGAUUUUAUACUACCUUUUUUUAACUUCUGGAACCUGAAAAUUCUGUUGAGGGAUGAACAAAAUACUGUCAGUGUGACGUCUUAAAGCAAAUCGUUGCCUGAAACCUUAUGAAUGAGUACAACUGAACUUUCCUUUUUUUGUCUUAAAUUUUCCUUUGUUUAAUAUAGUGUUUUGUUUUAGAUAAUCAUGUAAUCAUAGACUUUUGGUCCCCCUUCCGGUCUUACAACACAUCUAUGCUACACAUGCUGUUUGGAAUACAUUUUGCGGUUAUUUUGUGUUCCCAGCAGCCUCAGUCAGAGAAGUUGGAGAAUGUAGCUACCAGCACACUCACCUGAUGUUACACUGACUGGAUAUCAACUGUGUGGAUGAACUGCUCUUGUUAAGGGCAUCACUGGAAAUGCUUAUUCUGAUCACCUUUUAACAGUGUCAGAGUUAUUGGUCUAACCCUACACCACACACACACACAUACACAUCAGGAUCAUGUGCCGUGAGAAUCACAGAAAAGCAUAUUGCUGUUGUUGAGGAAAAACUACAUGGCUGCAUUUUUAUCUUUUUUAUUUUCUCUUAGCAUACUUGAAUUAAAGGCUUCAAUGAUCA